AGAUAACAUCUUUAUGUUAUUAAAUUAAUAAUUUUUUUAUUAAAUUCUAAAAAUAUUACGUAUUAUUAUUAUAAUUAAAAUAAUAAUAAACCGCGGAUAAACCACUCGUUCCCUAAAUAAUUUCAGAAUCAACUAUUUAGGAAAAACUCAAUCUAAACAGCUUUAGAUAAGCGGCAUGAGCCGGACUCAAUUUCAACAGUUACCUCAUAUCAAACCACAUGGAAAAAAAAGAAAAAGAAAAAAGAAACUCGCACGACAUCGUUUAAUUGGUACGACAUCCUGCCAAAACAAGGCUUUCAGUAUUUGGCGGCAAUGAUCAGUCCUUCAUAACUGAAAUUGUAUCAGAAGUUUAAAGGAAAAGAAAAAUAAGAAACUGUAUCAGAAGUCCAAAAGGAUCUAAAAGAAAAAAGAGACAUGGGAGUCCAGGGUCUGUGGGACCUACUAGCUCCCGUCGGACGCCGCGUAUCCGUCGAAACCCUCUCCGGCAAAAAACUUGCUAUAGAUGCGAGUAUAUGGAUUGUACAAUUUAUGAAAGCAAUGAGAAACGAGAAAGGAGAAAUGGUACGGAACGCACAUUUGCUAGGGUUCUUUCGAAGAAUUUGCAAGCUUUUGUAUUUGAGAACUAAGCCUGUUUUCGUCUUCGAUGGAGCCACUCCUGCUUUGAAGCGCCGCACCGUUAUUGCGCGACGGAGGCAGCGUGAGAGCGCUCAGGCUAAGAUUCGAAAAACCGCUGAGAAAUUACUACUUAAUCAUCUCAAGUCAAUGAGGCUAAAAGAAUUGGCAAAGGAUCUUGAGAACCAGAGAAGAAAACAGAAGAUUGAUGAUGCUAAGGGUAAGAAGAUUUUGUUGGAAGAAAGCAAAAUAGAGAAUAAUGAUGAGGAUGUGGAGAAUUAUGAUCAGGAAAUCUUGGAUGAAAUGUUGGCAGCAUCUAUUGCAGCUGAGGACGAAAGGCGCUUUAGUAACACUGCAUCAGCAUCUGCUGUUCAGGAUCCGGAGGUAGAUGAUGAUGGGGAUGAUGAGAUUAUAGUGCCAGAAAUGGAUGGAAGUGUUGAUCCAGCUAUCUUGGUUUCUUUGCCUCCAUCCAUGCAAGAUGUUCUUAUGCGAGAGAGGUUGACGGUGGAUAAAAAAAAACAUGAUCAAGGAGCCAAUAAGGAUAUUGGAAAACAGAAUGAGGAUCACACGAGUAAUGGAAAUGUUAAGGAGGUCUUGAUAGAUCUAAUAGACAUGGAAAGGACUGAUUUAGAGAGGGAUGAUGUGGUAGCAGAGAGUUACAACCAGGAAAAGCUAGAUGAAAUGUUGGCAGCAUCUAUUGCGGCCGAGGAGGAUGUGAUUUCAAUUAAUACUGCCUCGACAUCUGCUGCUGCAAUUCCUUCUGAGGAGGAAGGCAAUGAUGAAGUUGAAGAAAUGAUACUGCCAGAAAUCUGUGGGAAAGUUGAUCCCACUGUCUUAGCAGCUCUGCCACCAUCAAUGCAACUCGAUCUUCUUGUUCAGAUGAGAGAGAGAUUGAUUGCUGAAAAUAGACAAAAAUAUCAAAAAGUCAAGAAGGCACCUGAAAAAUUUUCUGAGCUACAAAUAGAGGCUUACCUGAAAACUGUUGCUUUCCGCCGGGAAAUAGAUCAUGUGCAAAAAGCUGCAGCUGGGAAUGGUGUCGGUGGUGUUCAGUCUUCACGAAUAGCGUCCGAAGCCAAUAGAGAAUUUAUCUUCUCUUCAUCUUUUACAGGGGACAAACAAUUGUUGACGUCUACUGGAGUGCAGAGAAAUGGAAAUAAGCAACAACAGGCACCUACAAUGAAUCCUACUUUCGAUUCUAUGAAUUGUGUUACGUCUACUAGUAAGUCAAAUGCUGUUUCAGGAUCAGUCCAGGAUGAACCUAGAAGGGUAUUUGAUGAAGAUGUUGAGACAUAUCUGGAUGAAAAUGGUCGUAUUCGAGUUAGUAGAGUGAGAGCUAUGGGGAUGCGCAUGACGCGUGAUUUGCAAAGGAACUUGGAUUUAAUGAAAGAAAUUGAACAAGAGAGAACACAUGCGAUUGAGACUGCACCUUCUCAGUCUGAGCUGACCAGAGAUAAGAUUGGUUCUCCAAAAAGCUUUCCCAGUAAAAAACUGCAUGUAGAAAGUUCACAUGACAAACAUAGUGACUCUGUUAAACUGAACGAGAGAAAUCAGCAGUCUAUGUUAAAUGAUGAGGGUUCUAUACAGAUAUCUUUUGAAGCUGAUGGCAGAAGUAAGUGUCUUGACAGUGAUGAUGAUGUAUUUACCUCUUUAGUUGCUGGGCAACCUGUUAACAUCCCUUCUGUUGACAAUAUUACAUCAAGAAUUCAGACUUCAGAUUCUGCUUCAGAUGGUGAUUGGGAAGAAGGAACUAUUGAAACAAGAGGUAAUAGCUCUUCUAAUAAUUUGGCGUUAGAAACUAAUCCCCCACUUAAGGAAAAAAACAUUAGUGAUGAUAGUGAAGUAGAAUGGGAAGAUGGAGGUGGUGAUCAUGAAAAUUCUUCAUUCCCAUCUGAAUCAAAAAUGCCGGCUUCCAGAGGUUAUAUGGAGGAAGAGGCUGAUUUGCAAGAAGCAAUAAGGAGAAGUCUUGAGGAUCUUGGGGGUGAGAUAUUCAAUAACACACUAUCUGAGCAUGAAAAAUUAAAAAUCUCUGACAAAAAUGUUUACAAGGAUGUUGGGUUCCUUGAUCAAGAAGACAAUACUGGUGGGCUAAUUCUGCCUGAGAAGGAUGUGACCCAACAAGAUCAACCUUUCUCUGAAAUUUCGGCAACUGGAAAGAUUGACAAGGUGGGUCAAUAUGAUAUCUCUCAGGUCUUUUCUUCACAGAGCCAGUUAGCGUUUUCUGAGGCACAUGAUCCUGAUAACAUGGACAUCCUGACAAAUAAAUUAUAUGAAAGAGAUAUGGGCUCAAAUGAUGGACAACCAAGUCGAGCUUUAAAUAUGGAGGGGAGUGUCUGCAGAGGAAUGUCAUCUGCAGAAUCAGCUGCUCCCUUGGAAACCCAUGUGAUUUUAAAGCAAUUUUCAGAAACUAAUGUUGAGGAUAUGGGGCUAUCUACCUCAACUAAGAUGCGAUCAGGAAUUUCCAAUAUUUCUAAAGCAGCAUGGAGUAAUGUGUCUUUUGCUAGCUCAAUUGAUGAUGAUAGAAAUAAAGUAGAAGCAGAACCAUCUGUAUUGGUCAAUGAGGAAAAAAGACCCGAAACAUAUUGUCAAUCAGUUAAGAUAACCAACCCUUCAACAUCUAUUAUGGAGCCAUCCAUAAAUUUGGCAAUUGGCACUGAUGUUGAGUCGAAGUUGGCUGGAGAAAAAAAUUCUGGUAAUCUAUUUAAUGAAAAGAAGCAGGACAUGGAAAAAGUUGUGAGCAAUGAGAAUCUAAGGGAGGAUUUCUCAGAGGUCACUUUGCAGGAGGAAAUACUGAUUCUUGGUCAAGAAAGAAUGAAUCUAGGAUCUGAACAGAAGAAGCUUGAACGCAAUGCAGAAUCAGUUAGCAGUGAGAUGUUUGCUGAAUGUCAAGAACUGUUGCAGAUGUUUGGCUUACCAUAUAUCAUAGCACCAAUGGAAGCAGAGGCUCAAUGUGCUUACAUGGAACUUGCAAAUCUUGUUGAUGGUGUUGUGACUGAUGACUCUGAUGUGUUCUUAUUUGGGGCCCGAAAUGUCUACAAGAACAUUUUUGAUGACCGCAAAUAUGUUGAGACAUACUUCAUGAAGGAUAUUGAAAGAGAGCUAGGCUUAACCAGAGAAAAAUUAAUUCGAAUGGCGUUACUUCUUGGGAGUGAUUAUACUGAGGGCAUUAGUGGGAUUGGUAUUGUUAAUGCUAUUGAGGUCGUGAAUGCAUUCCCGGAAGAGGAUGGCCUUGAGAAAUUCCGGGAAUGGAUCUACUCACCAGAUCCGACUAUUUUGGGGAAGCUGGAUGUGCGCGAUGGUAGAAGUAUGAGAAGAAAAGGCGAGUCAGAUUCUGCAAAUAACAAUGUAGUUGAUUCAUUUGGGAAGAAAGUCUCAGAAUCUCACAAGGAAGAAGAUUCUGCAGAUCACACUCAAGAAAUAAGGCAGAUUUUCAUGGAUAAACAUAGAAAUGUAAGCAAGAACUGGCAUGUUCCUUCUUCUUUUCCAAGUGAAGCAGUCAUUUCUGCGUAUAUGUCUCCACAAGUGGACAAAUCAACUGAGCCUUUCACAUGGGGGAAACCAGAUCUUCAUGUUCUUCGCAGAAUAUGCUGGGAAAAGUUUGCAUGGGGCGUCCAAAAGUCAGAUGAGUUGCUAUUACCUGUUCUGAAAGAGUACAAUAAACAUGAGACUCAACUGCGGCUGGAAGCAUUUUACACUUCCAACGAAAGAUUUGCAAAAAUUCGCAGUAGGAGAAUCAAGAAAGCCCUUAAAGGGAUCACAGGAUAUCAAUCCUCAGAGAUGAUGGAUGAUGAUGUGAAAGAUUCUUCUAAAAGUAGAAAGAAAAGAACAAUUGGGCCUGGUGAAUCUGUCGACUCCGAACCAGAUGCGGCUUUAAAGAGAGAAAGGGAAGGUCUUUUCAGUGAUAAGACAGACUCCUUGGAAAAAUCUACUACAAAGCGGUCUAGGAAAAGGACUGCUGGACAACCUGUUUUGACUGAAAGGGAGAAUCCGGGACAGCACUUGCAGGCAGAGGGUAGGCGAAAGACCCAUAAAGGACAAUGUGGGGAUGGAAGAGGUAAAGGAAGAGGGAGAGGCCGCGGAAGAGGGAGAGGAAGGGGAAAAGGCAGUGGAAUUGAACUAUCUGAUUCCAGCUAUGAUUAUGUCAGUGGUGAUGAUGAUGAGCUGGAAGUUCGUAUUGAGAAGUCAGAAGGGCCACAAGAAUUACGAAGGUCAACGCGCUCGAGGAAACCUGCAAAUUACACUCUGGAUGGCUUCAAAGUUGAUGUAGACAGCGCUGUAGAUCGAGGUGAUAAACAGUCUAAUGAAUCAGCGGCAGAACUAGACUUAUUUGGAGUUAUAGGGAAAAGUACAGAUGCCAGUAGUUGCCUCAAUGGCAAGGAACAGCAUAAAGUGGAAGACGCACUACCUGAGGACUUCUCUAAAGAUUAUCUUGAAAAUGGACAGCAUUGUUUGACUGAUGAUAAUGGAAGUGAGCCUAAAUAUCCAGGUGGAGCUAGUGUCUCUAAAGAUUACCUUAAAAUGGGAGGUGGGUUUUGCAUGGAUGAAAGUGAGACAUGCACCGACCAAGAUGCUGCCCAUAGCCCAUCUAUGCCUGCUUUCGAGGAAAUGGCUGAUGCUUCCAACGUCUCUGGAAGUAUGGAAGAAACUGAUAGGGGUGAGGGUUUGCUGCCAUUAGUUUGUAGCAUCAAAAGAACUUUGAAUGAUAUGCAAGAUGGAGGAAAGACAAACGCACAUGAUGCUGAGCCGAGUACGGAUUGUCUAAAUGCAACAGACAUCGGUGAUCAUUCCGAAGCCAGUCUGUGUCUGCCAGAAACCACUGGGAGUAAAACCAUAGCUCCCACGCUCAGUGCGAUGCCUUUUCUGAAAAGAAAACGGAGGAACUGAAUAUUAUACCCUAACAAUGAAAGGGAAGAAAAGAACUAUUUUUCUUUCUAACUGUAAAUUUCUGAUUUUUGUUCUUCACCAACUUCUUCCUUACCGACGUUGAAAUUUAAAUGAAUUUGAUAUUUAUAUGCA